AUGACCAAUCUGACACAGUUUUCAUUUCUCAUACUUUGCGCCUACUUUGACUUUGAUCUUUUCAUGUACUUCUGUUUCAUAUUCAUGAUGCUCUUGUACAUUUUUAUUCUUUGUGCCAAUGUGUUUCUGAUUGUGGUUAUCUGUGUGAACAGGAGCUUGCAUGAGCCUAUGUAUGUUUUUCUGUGCAGUCUGUUUGUUAAUGAACUGUUGGGUAGUACUGGGCUGUUUCCAUCCCUUAUGGAUCAGAUCCUCAGAGACAUUCACACUGUUCCUACUUCACUGUGUUUCCUACAGAUUUAUUGCCUCUAUACGUAUGCAAAUGUACAGUUUUGCAAUUUAGCUGUCAUGUCUUAUGACAGAUACCUGGCCAUCUGUUUUCCGCUGCAGUAUCACACUCGUAUGACGUCUAAACGGGUGGCUCUGCUCAUCACAACAACAUGGUUAUAUCCACUUCUUGCUGUUUUAAUAUUAGUAUCUCUGAGUUCCUCUUUACAUCUGUGUGGAAACAUCAUUGAUAAAGUCUACUGUGAUAAUUAUUCUAUAGUUAAACUGUCCUGUUCUGACACCACAGUCAAUAACAUCUAUGGACUUAUUUACACUGCAGCAACAAUAGUAGUUGUUCUGUUAAUUAUUUACUCGUACAUGAGGAUCCUUAGAGUGUGUUUUUCUGGAUCUAAACAGACCAGACAUAAAGCUGUCAGUACCUGUACACCUCACCUGGCUUCACUGAUAAACUUCUCUUUCGGGUGUUUCUUUGAGAUUAUACAAAGCAGGUUUGAUAUGAAGCAUGUUCCUAGCAUCUUACGCAUCAUUUUAUCUGUGUAUUUUUUCACCUGCCCUCCGCUCUUUAAUCCUGUGGUCUAUGGACUGAAUAUACGUAAAAUCCGCCUCACAUGUAAAAGUGUUUUCUUUGGCACCAAGUGA